GGAUCACAGUGCAGGCGAGAGGUAUGAAAGUUUUUUCGUGUUUUAUGUUGUUAGCUGUUCCCGAAUUUCUUGAUUAUGUCCUUCCACUGCUGUUGUUCAGAACGCAAUAUUUUUUUUUUAUCACCCAUCGGGUGGCCAUUAAAUGACAAUAUUGUCAUCAUGCGCCCAGACUACAUUUUGUCAUCUUAUAAUUUAAUGGCUACACAUUGAUAGGAAAAUUAAAGGCACCCAGGUAGCAGUGCUGUCAAUGCUUCAAAAGCUAGGGAGCUCUCCACUCUUGAUUCUUGGCAUUAUGGGAGGAAAAAUACAAUCAUAGCAAAGCAUUGUUCACAGUCUCUCUUGAAAAAGAAGCUUGUGAAGAGAAAGGAAAGUGUUUUUAUUUUUUUGGAUGUCUGCAGGGAGGAUUUGACAACCUCCUGCUCAAAGUGAACUGUUCCAGCUUGCUGACACUAUGGGUUAAUCUCUGGAAUAUUCCAAUUUGUGGGAGGUGCAUGUCAAUCUGUAUUCAUGGAAAACUCUUGAUAUGCAGGGAGAUUUUUAUCAGAAAAUUUAGUUCCUAUGUUUCUGUAUGAGAACUUGGAAAACAGAGUCUGAAGGCAGUGGCUUCUGGUAGUCAGUUUAGUGGCUGGAGGAGGAGCACGUGUGCACUGAGGUGUUUUCAUGAAUGGAUUGUAAAGGAAAACUGUAUACAAUGUAUCAGAUGUGCACAUUUUGAUUUCUUGCAAUGAUUCAUUGGCUUUCAUUAGGAUCACUUUUACCUGUCUAUUUUGAUUGCCUGUUUUGGUGUGAUAGUUGAGGAAUAAAUGGUGGCCAUGACGAAUCGUAGUUACUCCAGCUCCGAUCUAGGAGUGCCUGACAGGGAUUUCUCCCCAUGCCUGCAUCACCUCUACUCCCCCCUCUCAAAUUACUCAAAUAUUUCCCAUGAUGCUUCAUUUGCUGGGAGUUACAAUGGUGGAUACCAUGACCACUUGGUCUCAGAACAUGAUUUCGCAUCACCGAGACACGACCUCAAUGCACUAGGAAAUAAGGAUUAUAGAUCUAGUGACUAUGACGAUUAUUCUCACAUUCAUUUCCCAAGCAGAAGGGCAAGGGGUAGUGCCCCAGACCCACCCCUCAGAACCAGUAGUGUGACGUCCUUCACCUCUGACUACAUGCAGAGGUCGUUUCCAUGCAGCAAUCAACAGUAUUACAGUCACCGUAGCAACAGCGGCCAUCAUAAUUAUAGCUAUUCAAGGAGGAAGACAUGGUCUCCCUCUCAAAUAAAGAAAGAAAUGACAGGACCACGAAUGAAUCUCACCAAUGGAAAUAGUUACGUGGUACCAGAGGGUCAUGAGGUCAAAGGGUCAGAGGAAAAUGAAGUAGGACCCCCAAAGCUGGCUCCAUUCAGUGGAAUGCUGACAAAGUCACCAGCAAAGGGGAUAAUCCGACCAAUUGCUUUCAAGCCGGUGGUCAUCUCCAAUCACAACUACGUAAAUACUCGUCACUUUGACCAGAAGACUCCGCAGCACGAUGAUGGCUAUGGGUCACAGGAUUACCCGAUGACCAAUCAGAAUGUAGCUGAUAUUUCACAUGGGUCAUUACAUAUUGAUAGUGACAGGUCAACAAAUUAUUCUAGUGAUAGUCAAAAACUAUACACACAUGAGCGACCUGAAUCUACUCGGUCUUCCUGCAUCAGUCAUGCUUCUUCGAUGAGGAUGGAGGGUUAUAUUCAGACUCCCUCUCCCAGCGACUCGGGGGUGGGGGAACUGGAAGCCAUGCUUAAAGAGAAAGAUGCUGAAAUCAACACUUUAAGAGACGUCAUGGACAAAAAUGAACGUGCCAUAUUCCAGGUCUAUGAAGAGAAAAAGAAUUCUUGGAGUCAGGAGACAAGAGAACUUAGGGAUGAAUAUGAGAAAAAACUGAAACUGGAACAGAGGAAGGCCUACAAAACAGAACAAACCCUUUCACUUCAAGUGUACAAACUGCAGCAAGAGAAAAAGACAAUGAAUGAAAGGCUGGAAGAAAUGCAGGCACAGUACAAAAAACUACAGCAAAAAUGUGACUCUUAUGAAAAAGAGAAUGACAACUUGCGAUCACAAGUGGUCAAUGUUUCGCUUCAAGAGGACAGAGCUGCAGAAGACAUGGAGGACCUGCAACACCAGGUGGAAAUCUUAAACCAAAGUCUCUCUGAAAAAUCUGUAGAAAUUUCUGAGCUUCAGUCAAAAUUGUGUCAAUAUGAGUCAGAAAAUCAAAAGAAAAACCAUGAAUUAGGUGAACAGUUUAGAGAAAUUGUGGCCAAAACGGAAGAAUUGAAAUCCUUACGUGCUAACCUCCGCCGUGUAUCCAAUAACAAUGUGAUGGAUAUACUAGAAUGUAGCUUUAAUCAAAGUGGUGAGGAGUUCUCUGCCCCUGAAUUUAGUGAGAGAACCUCUCCCUCAAUUAGCAGUAGACUUACCUCCCCUGUGAGUCAUGGACUACCCCACUCCUCCCCACUAAAUCUCAGUACUAAAUCUAGUUCUUCUCUGAAUAGUGAAUCGAACAAAGACAAAGCGAUAUUACAACUCCAGAAGGAGUUGGAUGAAUUAAAGGAAGGACUAGUGGGUAGAAACGAGGUGUUCGAGAAAGAAAAAGAACAGUGGUUGGAUGAGAAAAAUAAAGUGAUUCGCUAUCAAAAACAACUACAGCUGAACUAUGUGCAAAUGUACAACAAGAACAAAAUGCUGGAAGCUGAAGUGGAACAACUGACACUAGAACUUGAAAGUCGUGACAUGAAACUGAUGGCGAUAAAUGGGGAGGAAUCGAUGUGUUAACCGUCACACUCCGUGGGAAGGAAUAUGUGUUCUGUUGGACAGUUUGUAAUGUGUGGACUUGGCUAGACAUGAGAGGACUACAGAUGAAUGCUUUAGAUGCUUUGUAUGGAGGGGUUUCUUUCUGAUGGAUUGAGUCAUACUGAUUUUGGAACACUUCCAAAAUGUCAGAGAUUAUGAGAACAGCUAUAUUUAAUGUGUGCUAGCUUCUUUCAAAGUGGUGCUGACAAUUUCUCUUUUUCUCAAAAAAAUAUUUAUGUUGUAAACAAAUGCAUAAAUACCCAUUUACAAACAGUUAUAACACUGAAAUCCUUGGUGUGUCUGGAAGUAGGGAGAUUUUGUAAGUGAUAAAUGGUUAUUUAAUUCAUGAGUUAGAUGACGGAACUACACGAAGAGUAAUUGUGCCAAACUGAGGGUUGGUGAAAUAAACGGAAAAAGAAAUCCAUCUUCCAUAUAAGUUUAGUUAGGUAGUAAACAAUUGUGAAAUGAACUCAGCACUAUAAAUAGAUCUGUGCUGAGGUAAGGCAGUAAAAAAAAGUUUAUUUGCUGUGAUAAGAGAUAAAUUUACUUUAUUUUCUCUCAAUAAUAUAUUUAUAUACUUGCAGCCCUCUGAUCUGUGAAGUGCCUACAUAUAUGUAGACCAAAUUUCUAUUUUUGUCUGCUCUACAAAUUCUUUUGGGACACAAUAUAUCUUUUGUACGUCAAGAAUUCAUACUACACAAUAAUAUUUGAGAUGGUAAUAAUUAUAUGGACACUAAACAAUUUGAUGAGGAGAUAUUCUUCUUUCUAGUCAUUUAUUUCUUUGUUGUUACAUGUACAGAAAUACUGUCAUAUUAAAUGAAAAAAACGUUA